GAUUGUGGAAGAAGUCAGGUAAAUUACUGUUCCUUGGUCUGGACAAUGCCGGCAAAACAACACUUCUGCACAUGCUGAAGGAUGACAGAUUGGCACAGCAUGUACCCACACUUCAUCCAACGUCGGAGGAGCUGUCGAUAGGCAGCAUGCGGUUCACGACGUUCGACCUGGGCGGGCAUCAGCAGGCGCGGCGCGUGUGGCGUGACUACUUCCCGGCAGUGGACGCCAUCGUGUUCCUGGUAGACGCAUGCGACCGCGCGCGCCUGCCCGAGUCCAAGGCCGAGCUGGACUCGCUGCUCACCGACGAGACGCUCAGCAACUGUCCCGUGCUCAUCCUCGGUAACAAGAUCGACAAGCCGGGCGCCGCCAGCGAGGACGAUCUGCGCCAGUUCUUUAAUUUGUAUCAGCAGACCACAGGAAAGGGUAAAGUUUCGAGAUCAGAGUUGCCAGGCAGACCGUUGGAACUGUUCAUGUGCUCCGUGUUGAAACGCCAGGGCUACGGCGAGGGCUUCCGCUGGUUAGCUCAAUAUAUCGACUGA